AUGCACUCUUGUCGUUCGCAUCGUCCGGAAGCACCUUUAAGCCUAGCAGAUUGGCGACUGCCCGGCCAGUUGAGGUCAGGUGGUGGUGUUAAUGCGAGUGUUGCCAUCAUCAAAGAAAGUAACAGUGCGAUUUUGAAAGUCAAAGCCAUACCGUACGCUACUACCGGCCAGGCUGAAUUCGUACCAGGGGUUGCAGAUAAUGCCGAACCAGGGACUCUUGACUAG